GGUUCACAAUGGGACAGGGGCGGUGUGGCGCAUCUCCGCCCGGUCAGUGGGUGCUGUGAGUGACGGCGGCAGCUGCAGAGCUGCAAGAAGAAUAUUCUCCUGGGACUUCGCGGUUGUGGAGCGCCUGAUCUGGAGGCAACGUGAGGAGCGCACAUACCUCCAGAAAACGGGCGACAACAAGACUCUCCUUCCUGCGCCCGGCAGCUGCUGAGGAGCUGGACGACUAGGAGGAAAAGACACCAGGAAAGAGGAAAAUAUUUCAUCUUUCAGCUGGACAGAGACGACUCAGUACUUUCAAAGCCAAAAGGCUGUGAGUCCAUAGUAUGGGAGCGCUAUGUUGUCCAGGAAAGGACUCAUUCCUGAGGAUUACUUGCUGACACGUUUGGCUGAGAAUGUCCUGCAGCCAAAGUUUAAGUCCAAACCGAGGAAAGCUCGGUUCGUCGCAAAGAACGGCACCUGCAAUGUAGCGCACACAAACAUCCGAGAACAGGGCCGAUUCUUGCAGGACGUCUUUACCACGCUGGUAGAUUUAAAAUGGCUCCACACGCUCAUCAUUUUCACCAUGUCGUUCCUGUGCAGUUGGCUUCUUUUCGGGAUGGUCUGGUGGCUCAUUGCCUUUGCGCACGGCGACCUGGACCAGGGAGACGACGACUUCGUCCCGUGCGUAACGGACAUUCACUCCUUCUCCUCCGCCUUCCUCUUCUCCAUAGAGGUCCAGGUGACCAUCGGCUUUGGGGGCCGGAUGGUCACGGAGGAGUGCGUCUCUGCCAUCAUCGUCCUGAUUGUGCAGAACAUCGUCGGGUUGGUGAUCAACGCCAUCAUGCUCGGCAUCAUCUUCAUGAAAACUGCGCAGGCCAAUCGGCGCGCAGAGACGCUCAUUUUCAGCAAACACGCAGUCAUUUCCGUCCGAAACAACAAUCUGUGCUUCAUGAUCCGCAUCGGGGAUCUGAGGAAAAGCAUGAUCAUCAGCGCCUCCGUGCGGUUGCAGGUGGUCCGGAGAACCGCCACCAAGGAGGGCGAGGUGGUCCCUCUGGACCAGAUCGACAUCCACAUGGAUAACCCGGUGGGCACCAACGGUAUUUUCCUGGUGUCCCCCCUCAUCAUCUGUCAUGUGAUCGACAAGGACAGCCCUCUGUAUGAGAUGUCCGCUUUCAACCUGCAGCACGACGAAGUCGAGGUCAUCGCGGUGCUGGAGGGGGUGGUGGAGACCACGGGCAUCACCAUGCAGGCCAGGACGUCCUACGUGUCGGAGGAGAUCCUGUGGGGGCAGCGCUUCGUGCCCACAGUCUCCGAGGAGGACGGCAUGUACGCGGUGGACUACUCCAAGUUCGGUAACACCAUGAAGGUCCCGACACCGUGCUGCAGCGCCAAGACUCUAGAUGAAGCCGGUGGUAUCGCUCAGUUUAAACUGAACGAGGGGGUCCCCUUGCGGUCAUCUGUGAGAAGGCGGCAGCGGUCCAGGAUGGAGAUUUCCUGAACUGAUAGUCUGUGUAAACCAUGUCUGCCAGCAUUUUAUAUGAAAACUAAUUAUUUAAGUUUGAAGAUAAUUGAAUUAUAAGGUAAUAUUUAUUUUAUAGUUAAUAUAUGUUAUGGAUUACCAGUAAUCAGUAAUCACCAUCACAUCUCUUUAUCAGUCAGAUGUAUGCGCACAUCUACUAGCUACUCAGGGUGAGUGUGAAAACGCACAAAGACAGAAUGCACUGAGAAUUUAAGAGGUGACUGUUGUUAACUGAUAAGUCCUGGUGCCCAGAAUGAACAGAAAGUCUGGUUUGGAUAUGUUUGAUCUUUCAAAAGUGAAUAGUGACUGCAUGUAUCAGAAAAGCAAUAAA